CUUGAGAAACAUAUUGUCCUCAAAACCGCGCAAAAUGGAUUGAUCGUGUGAUCACAGUAAGUAACUCAGUCAAAAUCAUGUGUUUGGUCGAUAUAAUGUGGGCGUGUCGCUAUGGAAUGACACAACAGUAUAAUCAACAGCUCUGAGAAAUCUCCAGAUGAGAAGAGCAUGGAGAAUGAUGAAUUUCCGCCAGCGUAUGGGGUGGAUAAGCGUCGGACUGUACUUGUUGGCCAGUGUCGCUGCGGUGUAUUAUGUAUUUGAGAUCAGCCAAACAUACAACCGAUUUGCACUGGCACAAAGAGAAGGGGAGGAUGGAGUGCAGAAAAAAUGGUCGGGAGAUGCAUCUUCCUCUUCCCCAUCUUCAACCUCAUGGAUCGUGAUUCUGAAAACGAGACUUCUCCUCCUGCCCUUCUGGGUGUGGGCCACCAUUUUCCUCAUUCCGUACCUCCAGGUGUUUCUCUUUCUUUACUCCUGCACAAGGGCGGACCCCAAGACUGUAGGAUACUGUAUUCUGCCCAUCUGCCUCGCUGUUCUCUGCAACCGUCACCAAACCUUUGCCAAGGCCUCCAAUCAGAUCAGCAGACUGCAGCUGAUUGACACUUGAAGUGAUUGUUAAAGAAGAGGGGUCAGAUUUUGGUCAUAAAGUUUGGUGUCCUUGUGGUUGGGUAAUACAAAAGUGCAUUCAUAAAUAAAAUAAUUUUUUAGGGCUUGGUCCUUUUUUUUUUUUUUUGGGUAUAUUAAUUAAAAGGGGAAUGUGUUCAGGAGUCUUAUUUUUGUAAUGUUUUUUUUUCAUACGUGUUUUUCUUAAACGACUAAUUGUUUGAGUCACUUGCAGUUCCACACCAGUUUUUAUUGUGUAUUUUUAGAAAGAAAAAAAAAACCUGUACUAUAGGAUACUCCUUCAAGCUGAAUGGCAAAAUUGGUUCACAUCUUAAGUAAAGAAGAUUUAUAAUGGGAUCUUUAAAAGUAUUUUCCAUAUCAGCUCAGUUUUACAGAAGUUUUUUAAAUCUUUAAUUAACUGAAGAAAAAAAACUUUUAUAUUUGAAAUAAAAUUUGAUAAAUGAAACCUAAAUGGAGUCAAGUAAGCCAUUGUCCAAGAUGUGGAGUAUGUCGAUGGGGCUGCGUAUUGAACUCUGUAUACUACUUGAAUUACAUGUCUAAUGAUUUUACUAUAAAUCAAGAUGAAUAAAGAUAUGGACAGCUGUAAAUGUUUCCGUACCAUGAGGCUAAUGGAUUUGUAGUGUCACUUUAAUGCUCCAGGCUUUUGUUCUCAACUCUAGUGGACAUUUUAUUAGUGGAAAAUAAGACAACGCUUACAGUGGUAUGUAUUUUCCAUUUGUUUAUAACAGUGUCUGUCUUUUCA